CUAAGUUCACAGCCUCAGGUUAGCGAAGUCAUAAGUCAGAAAGAAUUUUUUUUUUUAAUAAGAGUUGUAAACUCUUGGAACAGACUGCCAGUGUGUUGUGACGGCACCAAUUGUAAGCUCAUUUACGACCAGACUUGUUCAAGACUGGCGCAGUUUCUGAUACUGAACAUUCUGGAGCCAGUGCAUGCCCUGUACUAGCCAACAGUGCGUAAAAGACAUUUUUCAGUACCCAAAGAGGCAGUACAGCUGACUUCACUUUUCCUAGCUGUGUGUUGGACAGCCAUUCAUAGGUUGACAUCGAGUUCAAGAGAGAAGUUAACAAAACCAGUGAGGUGAGGUGGUGCUGCGAGGUGGUGCUGCGAGGUGGUGUCACGAGGCAGUGAAAUGUUUGACCAAAUUAGAUGUUUUCUUCACAACCGAAGGAGGAGACGAGGACCACCAAGGGAUUGUGUUGAGAACAUGGGUUUUGACGAGGAGCUGGGAGAGCCGAGGGAUGGACGUGAGCCGGACGCAGACCAUUCUCAUGCUGAAGACAUUGAACCUCUCCAUCCACUGUUCUCGGUGAUCAAGGGUGGUAACGUGGAGGAGUUACGACAGCUGCUGACUGAGGCACCGGAGGCCUCGGUGUAUGGCAGCCUUGAGCCCCUCCUCCUCCUCGCCGCCGAGCUCCACAACCUAGACAUCAUUAACCUGCUGCUCGACCACGGCGCCCAAGUGAAGGCGGUGGACGAGAAGGGCAACAAUGUGUUACAUAAGGCGACGGCCAAUCCUUGUGACUUCGACACUCAAGAGAGGCUCCAGGAAAUACUUCAGAAGUUCCUCGAUGCUGAUGUAGAAGUUAAUUCGAAAAAUGAACAAGAUGAGUCACCACUCUUCUUGGUUGCCAGUUUUCAGCCUCCAAAUAUUGUGGAGUUUUUGUUAUCCAAAAGAGUACGAGCAGAUCCUACGGUAGUGACAAAGAAAGGUGAGACUGUGCUCCACGGGGCCUCAAUAAAGGGCUGUGCUUCCAGCCUCACGCACCUUCUCAAAACUGGCCGCAUCAGUCAUCUCAUCACUAAGCUGGACCAAGAUGGUAAAGCACCCUUCUACUAUGCUGUUGGCAGUAACUCUUUUGAAUGUUGUGAAGUUUUGUUGAACCAUGGAGACCACUUGACCACGAUGCUCUUGGAUGAUGACUCCCGCUGUUCAUAUCUGCUUAAGAACCUGCCGUCUGCUACAGAACUCCUCGAACGACAAUUUAAUGCACGCAUCGCAGUAACCAGGAAUCAUGAAGACUGCAGCAUCAGCUUUGACUAUACUGGGAUACUGCCACCGGAGGAGGGCGAGAACCUAUCAAAUAAUAGAAAGAUACAGAGUUCUCUUAUAGAUGACCUAAACAACACAGGCUCGGAAAAUCUUCUUAAACAUCCGCUUAUAGAGACUUUUCUCGGCCUAAAGUGGAACAAAAUAAGGUUUUUAUUUUACACCAAACUUUCAUUAUUCCUUAUUUUCUUGUUAAUUCACACAAUCUACGUCGUCAGAGUAUAUACGAAGGGGUCGAAGAUAAAGGAAGAUUUUUUUAGUUACCUGAUGUUUAGUUCUUCUCAUAUGUUUAUGUACCUACUCAUUGUGUUUUUAGAAGUAAUUAUUACUCUUGGUAACCUAAAAAUGUAUCUUAAGCAUAUGGAGACACUCACAAAAGCCAUAGCACUGAUCUCGUCUGCAUACGUUGUGUUCAGCAAUGCCUCUUAUGUGAAGAUCAAGUCAAAUGUCAUUGCCAAUUUAACAUCAGAAUAUACAAAAGAAAAUGAAACACGCGAGUCAUUGUCAAUGGACAGACAGAUAGCUGCAGUGUCAGUGUUCUUUGGUUGGACUGAGUUGAUGAUGAUGUUUGGACGACUUCCUAGUCUUGGCUCCAAUAUUCUCAUGUUUGCACACAUAGCUAAAUCAACCAUUAAAUUCAUAGUAACAUUUGCUGCCUUGUUAAUUGGGUUUUCGACUAGCUUUAUGGUUUUAUUCUACAACAAUGAACUUUUUAAAAAAUUUUGGAAGAGCUUGAUGAAGACAUUGACGAUGACGAUAGGGGAGGUGGACUACAAUGACUUGGUGGACACACACACGGACUACAUCAGCUACAUAAUGUUGGUAGCAUUUAUUUUUCUCGUUUGCAUUUUGAUGGCCAAUUUUCUUGUUGGUUUGGCUGUUGAUAACUUAUCUAAGUUAGAGCAACUCGGUAAAAUUGAGAGACUAUCCAAACAAGCAUCUUACAUAGUCGCGUUUGAGAAACUGACAUUCUAUGCUCAAAGGUGUCACGUGUUUCCACGCCGAAUGACAACAACUUUGACUAAAAGCCUCAAAGUGGAUAAUAACAAAAACUUUCAUGAGACUUCAACUAAAAAGUUUCUCUGUCAUGAAUAUUACAUCACCAAAAACGUGGCUCGAGAGGCCUGUGAUAUUGCAAGUGCCAACAAGACCACGGACGCCGGAGUCAAUGUGAACAGUGAAGAACUAACAAGAGCAUCACUAAAAACAUCAAAAGAGAUAAGGAAGAUGAAGCAACUACUUCAAGAACUUUCCAAUGUGUUGCAAUCCCGGAGCUCAAAUUAGGGAAGAUGAUGUGAUACUUUGCUAAUGUUGAUCAUAGGCUGUGUGUAUAUUGUGGUGGAUACUCUCCCCUACAACUGUCGCUGACCAGCCGAUCCCACGGCAAGUUUCUCAACCAAACCAAGUUGUCUGACUGCACGGGGGGAUCGACCAGCAGCGACGUUCACUUCCGGCGGACUCGUGUAUGUAAGCCCCCAGCCUCGCCGUGAAGCCCAUUCUACUCAACGCUCUCAAACCAGACAAGACCUCCUCUCAACAAGCUCCUCACCACACAGCA